GUCAAGAAGACUCGUAAUAUUUUUAAUUUUUUCUCCGAAAUUUAUUGAAAUUAAGUAGAUAAAUUUUCUUUUCAGUUCUUUUUUGUUUCAUUUUCUAUUAGCAAUUUUUGGUAGUUUUUCCAACAAAAAAUCAACGCAAGAAAUAAAAACAUGGCCGAUACCAAGUCAGAGAGCGAUGCACCAAAAACCGAAGAACAAACACCCGAAGAGCGCGAGCGAGAACUUCUCAAUCAAAUCGCCUUGCUAGAAUUGGAACGCGAGCAUGCCGCCAACGAGACCAAAAAACAAGUCAAAAAACUCGAACUUGACUUGGAAAAAGCCCUCAAGUCUCAAUCGAAAAUCGGCGAGAUGGAAAAGGAGCUGGAAUCGUUGAAAAACCGCAACGAAUCACAAGAAAUCAAGAAGAUGCGUCAACGACACGACGACCUUCUCACCAAAGCCAAAGAGUUGUUGUUCGAGAAAACGAAACAAAACAAGCAGCAAGAAUCGCAAAUCGAGGCAUACAAAGCGCAAAUUGUGCAACUCAAAGAAGUCAUUCAAAUCACAAAGGACAUGCUUGAGAUCCGGAACACGGAGGCGCAACACUUGAAUCAACGUUUCGAGACAAUUGAGCUGCGACUCAAGGCGGAAAAAGAUCGUCAAGCUUUGAUGGAGAAGAAACUUGCGUUAUCGCAAAAAAUGUAUGCGGACCUCAAGAAGGAAUACGACUUGCAGAAUGGACUGUUCAAGCAACUGCAAGGAGGUUAUGCGGAAAAAAUUGACAUGCUCGAGGCAGAACUCGAACAGAAAAAUAACGAAAAGCAGGAGUAAAGAAAAAUUUUGUGUGUGUAAUUUGUAAGUGCAAAAAGUGUUCAACUAUUGAAAGAAAAAGAAAAAUAUUUCAAAGAAAUUCAAAUAAUAAAAUGGA